GUAAAUCAGAUAAAACACCUUCGGGCUUCAGCCACAAAACCCUAAAUUCCGGUUCAGGAUUACAUCCUUUGCAAUUUUCCGACGAUGUACCGAUCAGAUGAUCGAAGCGACAGCGCCGAGAGAACAGCUUUCCGCAAAGCGGAGAAGAAGUACAAAAUAUAUUAUGAUCAAGUGAAAAAGAAAAAAAUGGCGAGGCCUGUGGAUUUGUCUGAGGUCUUAGAUUUCAAGUCAAUUUUAGAGAAGUAUAAAUGUAAUGGGGAACGUCAGGGGGACGUUUUGUUGGCAAAAUGUGGUUUUGAUCGACCUGUUUUCUGCUUGGAAAGCCGACCAGGUUUUUAUUUCAUUCCUGGGGCAUUAACUUUGGAAGAUCAAUGCAGGUGGAUAAGAGAGAGUUUAACUAGUUUUCCCCAACCUCCGAAUCGGACUAAUCAUAAUGCUAUUUAUGGGCCGAUAGAGGAUUUAUUUGUUUCAGCUAAAGAGAGGAAAGUUUUAGUUUUAGAAGAGACAUUUUCUGAGAAUGUUACUUCAGAUAAUACUGUGAUUCAGAGUGAUGUCUGUAGUUCCAAGUGGAAGUUUGUUGAGGAAAUGGGUGAAUUUAAUGGCAAAGAUGAAAGCAAAUCAGUGCCGGCAUCUGUUUUGCUGCGUAAGUUGAGAUGGAGCACUCUUGGCUUGCAAUUCGACUGGUCUAAGCGGAGCUAUAAUGUUUCUCUCCCUCACAAGAAGAUACCGGACGCACUAUGUCAGCUGGCAAAAAGGUUGGCAGCCCCUGCAAUGCCAUGUGGUGAAGAAUUCCAGCCGGAAGCUGCCAUUGUUAAUUACUUUGGGCAAGGAGAUAUGCUUGGCGGGCACCUUGAUGACAUGGAAAAGGAUUGGAGCAAACCGAUCGUUAGCAUGAGUUUGGGUUGCAAAGCCAUUUUCCUACUUGGCGGAAAAUCAAGGGAAGAUCCACCAAUAGCAAUGUUCCUUAGAAGCGGCGAUGCUGUGCUCAUGGCUGGAGAAGCUAGAGAAUGCUUUCAUGGUGUUCCUCGGAUAUUUACUGAUCAAGAACACGCAGAAAUCUCCCAUCUCGAACCUCAUUUCGCAGGAGAAGACGAUCUCUCAUACUUAAACUAUCUCAAGACAUCGAGAAUCAACAUCAAUAUAAGGCAAGUUUUUUGAACUGAGUUUAUUCCAUAUUUGUAAAUCUUCGAUAAAGGUCUUUUCGGACAACAUGCUUGCCUUCGAUUUCUUGAAAUACCUUAAAAAAACUAUUUGUAGUGAAUCUUAGAGUUCGGGUAUUUGUUUUGUUGUCUUUUAAGACGAGGAACGAGUCUUGUUUCGAGUAGAAUUUUGGGGAUGUCGAUUUCUUUAGCAAGUUGAGGUCUUUUUGAAUAUUAGCCAAGUGUUUAAGGUGUCACUUUGGACCCAUAAGUUGUCCUAAAGAAUACAAAUUCUGAAAAAU